GUGGCAGUAACAUUUUGCUGGUGGAAUGCACAUCAUCAAAGAUGGAGGCUGCCGUGUUUAUUCUGUCACUGAUCGACUGUUGUGCUCUGAUUUUCCUUGCAGUGUAUUUUAUAAUCACCUUGUCUGACUUAGAAUGUGACUACAUUAAUGCCAGGGCCUGCUGCUCCAAACUCAACAAGUGGGUUAUUCCAGAGAUGGUGGGCCAGUGUCUCUCCACGCUGUUGAUGUUUAUUUCCACGCACUGGUUUAUCUUCCUCCUCAACCUCCCUGUUGCAGCCUGGGACAUUUACAGGUACGCAAAGGUACCGAUGGGCAACAUGGGAGUGUUUGACCCCACUGAGAUUCACAACCGAGGUCAACUCAAGUCCCACAUGAAGGAAGCCAUGAUCAAACUGGGCUACCACCUGCUCUGCUUCUUCAUUUAUUUGUACAGCAUGAUCCUGGCUCUGAUCAAUGACUGAAAUGACAAGUCAGUCACAGUUCCUGGAUUAGUCCUGGAUCUCAGUCCUGGAUUACAGUCCUGGAUCAACUGGCAAUACUGGAUGGAUGUCACCCAGAGAACCUGAAACAUUCUUUGUGCACUGAUCAGUUUUAUUUGGACCACAAUCAAAUGUUGUGUUUAUGACUACUUGAAAUACGCCAAACAUUACAACUUUCAUUACACGCCCCUACUAGAUUAGACCCUGUCCACACGGGAAAAUAUGUAAUGUCUACGCCACACCAUAAAUAACUGUAGGAGAAGAAGGAAGGUGAGUUUCUUCCACACAGCCCUUGAAACCGCGACGCACAAACAAUCACAACAAGAUGGCCACUUGAAUCCCCUACACAAACACAACAAGAUGGCCACUUGAAUCUGCUACACACACAAAAACCACAAGAUAGCCACUUGAAUCUGCUACACACAAAAACCACAAGAUAGCCACUUGAAUCUGCAACACUCAAACAAAACAAAAUGGCCACUUAAAUCCGCUACACACAAACAGAACAGGAUGGCCACUUGAUUCCGCUACACACAAACAAACAGAACAUGAUGGCCACUUGAAAGUUAAGUCUGAUGUGCGGACUGAUGAGCAAGUUAAGCCUUCUGCCGGAUGAGAAGAACUAUCACAUUUGGACUGGGAUGGAACUGUUCAUAUUUCAGUCUAUGUGGUACCGUCAAUUCAUAUUGGUACUCUACGCUACCAAUUGUCAGUAUUUUUGUGUGUUCUUCAGGUAAUUAAUAUUUAAUUCAGAAUGGAAAUUAUUUAGCGUUCCCACCUAAAACCUCAAAGCUUCCUCGCAUGGACAGGGCCUGGCUUUUAAAGAGAAUACCAAGAACUGUUAUGUACACAUACUUGCCAACCCUCCCAAUUUUCCCGGGAGACUCCUGAAAUGCAGUGCCCCUCUCGAAAAUCUCCCAGGGCAACCAUUGUCCCGAAUUUCUCCCAAUAUUGGGGGCGUGCCUUAAAGGCACUGCUUUUAGCGUCCUCUACAACCUGUUGUCACGUCCGCUUUUCCUCCAUACAAACAGCGUGCCGGCCCAGUCACGCAAUACAUGCGGCUUUAACACACACACAAGUGAAUGCAAAGCAUACUUGGUAAACAGCCAUACAGCUCACACUGAGGGUGGCCGUAUAAACAACUUUAACACUGUUCCAAAUAUGCGCCACACUGUGAACCCACACCAAACAAGAAUGACAAACACAUUUCGGGCGAACAGCCACACCGUAACACAACAGAACAAAUACUCAGAACCCCUUGCAGCACUAACUCUUCCGGGAAGCUACAAUAUACAUCCCCCUGCUACCACCAAACCUCGCCCCCUCAACCACGCCCACCCCCCAUCUCCUGAAUUCGGAGGUCUUAAAGUUGGCAAGUAUGUAUGUACAUGGUAUCAUAAAGUAUCAGUGUGGUCAUCUAACACAUUUCUAGUUAGUCUAGUGAUGUUGGCAGGAACAUUACUACUCUCAAGUCUUUUCACUGUCUCCAUAAUACUCUGCAAAACUACAAGAUUGCUAAAAUACCCUAUUUUCUGGACUAUAGAGUACAUAUUAGCCGCACCGGACUAAAAACCGAAGAAAUAUACUUUGUAAAAUUUGUUAUUUACGCAGCAAAAUUUUAGAAAUGUUUCUUUACAUAUUCAUUUUUUUAAAUGGCUGAUCAAACAAACCAGUAGUCAUCGUCAUGGACCCACUAGCUGCGCAAGCUAGCGCUCCAAUCAGCUAAACAGACUCAACAACCCCACGGCGACGUUUUGGAAGUUACCGACGAAUUUGUGAAACUGAAACACUACAAAAAGAAUGCCAUUGUAAGACACUUGUAAACGUGUUUGUAUUUUAGUUAAUGCUAACGACAUUAGCUUGAGUACGUUAUGACAGCACGUACAAAUGUACAUGAAAACACUCCUGUAGACAUCACACAUGGGACGGUUAAGUAAAAAUUGUUUUAGUUGUAUUGUAAAACUUACAUACGUUGCUUGGAGUGAUGAAUGAAGAAUACUUUCCAUCAGAAACGCUUCCGAUGGUUUUACUUCCGGUUUAAAGCAUUAAAACAGGAAGUACAUUUUCAACCCACAACACCUGAAGUGAGCAAACUCGUCCAAAUGAUGGUGCCAUUGCACAAACAAUAACAAACCAUUUCAGUUUAAUGAAAACCAUUGAACACAAAACAUUAUGGCCGUUAGCAAAGAAAAGUCCAUAAAUUUGCCGCACUGUUUAUAAACCGCUGGGUUCAAAGCGCAGGAAAAAAGUAGUGGAAUUUAUGGUAGUUGAUAAUUUAAGCAACAUUUGAUGAAUAUCAGCUUGUAGCGGACAUUUGUCAGUCAUCUGUCAUUGGUUGCUCAUUUCAGCCGCAUGGAUCCAAAAUUGUAAAAAGACUUACAGUAUUUCCUGUCUUCAGUGUUAGUUUUUGUCAACCUCUGAACCCUGCACACAAAAUCCACAGCGUACCUAUAAUAAGGGCUUAAAAAGUAGGCUUUGAGUUGUCAAAAUAAAGGAAAAGCAAGAAGUGACAGGCCAAUGUUCCCAAGUACAUAAGUACGGCAGAACGCAGUGCACUGAAGAAACAGUGUGCUGUAUUGCAAAAUGCAGCACUCCUACUUAUCUUGAUAGUUUCUUUAAAGAAGCACUCCUCCAAACAUAUGAACACAACAAUCAGGUGAAUACUUGUACUCAAAUAUACACGACAGUAGUCCUCAAUCAUGUUUUGUUUCAUUGACUUCAAUCUUUUACCAUCAGCAAGAGUGCAGGAGUUCCCUUGAGUGCCUAAACUGUUUUAUUUACGUCUGCUCGUCACGUCUUUCUUGACUUUCAUUAAUAAAAGUGAAAAUGCAAGUAUGUGUACAUUUCAGGGCCCCUGUCAUUUGUCUCAACAACUAAAUAAUACUAAGGUACCAGGUAAGGUAAGGUAACAUGGGUAAGGUAAGGUAACACGAGUAAGGUAGUGAAAAAGUGUUAGGCAACAUGGGUAAAGUAAGAUAACAUGGGUAAGGUAAAGAAACACGGGUAAGGUAAAGAAACACUGGUAAGGUACUGGGCAAAAGUAAGGUACCAAGGGUAAGGUAAGGAAAAACUGGUAAGGUUACAAUGGGUAAGGUAAGUUAACACGGGUAAGGUAAGGUAACAUGGGUAAAGUAAGGUUGCACAGGUAAUGUAAUGGGUAAGGUAAGACGAUGGAUGGAUCUUUGUCGUUGCAAUAAAAGUAAGGUAAGAAAACACUGGUAAGAUAACACAGGUAAAAUAAGGUUGCAACGGGUAAGUUAGGUAAGGCAACACGGGUAAAGUAAGGAUGCACGAGUAAUGUAAUGGGUAAGGUAAGACGAUGAAUGGAUGGAUCUUUGUCAUUGCAAUAAAGGCAACGUAAGGAAACACUGGUAAGGUAACACGGGUAUAGUAAGGUUGCAUGGAUAAUGUAAGGUAACAGGUAAGGUUACAAUGGGCAAGGUAAGGUUACACGGGUAAGGUAAGACGAUCAAUGGGCAAGGUAAGGUUACACGGGUAAGGUAAGACGAUAGAUGGAUCUUUGUAAUUGCAAUAAAGGUCAGGUAACAGAGGUUUGAUAAGGAAACACGGGUAAGAUCAGUUAAAACGAGUAAGGGACCGCGGGUGAAGUAAGGUUCCACUGGUAAGGUAAGACAAUGGCUGGAUCUUUGUCAUUGCAAAAAGGUAAGGAAGCACGGGAAAGGUAAGAUGAUGGAUGAAUCUUUCUCACUGCAAUAAAGGUCAGGUAACACUGGUAAGGUAAGGAAACACGGGAGAGAUAAGUUAACACGGGUGAGGUAAGGUUCCACGGGUAAGACGAUGGCUGGAUCUUUGUGAUUGCAAUAAAGGUAAGGAAGCACGGUAAAGGUAAGACGAUGGAUGAAUCUUUCUCACUGCAAUAAAGGUCAGGUAACACUGGUAAGGUAAGGAAACACGGGAGAGAUAAGUUAACACGGGUGAAGUAAGGUUCCACGGGUAAGACGAUGGCUGGAUCUUUGUGAUUGCAAUAAAGGUAAGGAAGCACGGUAAAGGUAAGACGAUGGAUGAAUCUUUCUCACUGCAAUAAAGGUCAGGUAUCACUGGUAAGGUAAGGAAACACGGGAGAGAUAAGUUAACACGGGUGAAGUAAGGUUCCACGGGUAAGACGAUGGCUGGAUCUUUGUCAUUGCAAAAACGUAAGGAAGCACGGGAAAGGUAAGACGAUGGAUGAAUCUUUCUCACUGCAAUAAAGGUCAGGUAACACUGGUAAGGUAAGGAAACACGGGAGAGAUAAGUUAACACGGGUGAAGUAAGGUUCCACGGGUAAGACGAUGGCUGGAUCUUUGUCAUUGCAAUAAAGGUAAGGAAGCACGGGUAAGAUAAGGUAACACGGCUGAAGUAAGGUUCCACGGGUAAGGUAAGACGAUGGCUGGAUCUUUGUGAUUGCAAUAAAAUUAAGGAAGCACGGGAAAGGUAAGUCGAUGAAUGGAUGGAUCUUUAUUGCCAUUGCAAUAAAUUAAGGUAAUAUGGGAGAAGUAAGGUUCCACGGGUAAGCAAGGUUACAUGGAUACAUACCAUGAAUUGAUUUACGUGGACCCUGACUUAAACAAGUUGAUAAACUUAUUCGGGUGUUACCAUUUAGUGGUCAAUUUUACGGAAUAUGUACUGUACUGUGCAAUCUACUAAUAAAAGUUUCAAUCAAUCAAUGGGUAAGGUAAGGAAACACGAGCAAUGUAAGGCAACACUGCCACCAUGUGGACAUGUACUGUAGUAAAUUACAUUGCCUUGAAACCUUUGACUUCACUUUAUAUUAUAUUAUCUAUAGUUCAAUACGUCUAAAUUUUUGUACAUGAUUGUUGUUUCACACAUCAUUUUUUUCACAUCUUUUGCCAGAUUUGGAGCGACUUAAAAAAAGAUUGAAUCCAUCUACCGAAUCUUUUGUAUUAGCAAUUUUCCUUUCAUUGUUCAUAAAAACAUCAGGGUAAUGUGGGAUUGUAGUAAUACAAUUUAUUAUAUUACAUAUAAGUUUAAUACUAUUGUAUAAUAAUCCACUGCUUUGUUAUUGUAUUCCCCUUCUUUAUUUUGUCAUCAUUUUCAGUAGUAUAUGUAUGGCCAUUGAAAAUUACCCAAGCAUCACAGUAUUGUAUUAAAAGUAUGCAUUUCAGCAAGUUGAAUUAAAAAGAAAAAUAACAAAUAAUGUAAAAACAAAAAUCUGAAUUUUGAAAAAAAAAAAAACAAGUUCAGUACCUGUAAAA